AAAUAACCCACAUUCCGUGCGACUUUUCUCUAUUAACUGAGUUAUGUUACCAAACCCACGUUUUGUUUCAUUAUAAAAUAUUGGUAGUCGCCCAUCUUAGUUCUUUAUAUAUUUCCUAUCCCUCAAAAUCCUGACAACUAUUUACAAUUUUGACAUGGCUAAAACCCUCUCAGAGCUACUCUCCUCCACCUUCCUCUUUCUGUUUACUCUGCUCUUCUUCGCGACUACUCUUGCCUCUGCGAAAUCUAAUGGCUUCUCAAACAUCUUAUCCCCAGCCAAACUAGGACUCAAGCAAGAGAAACUCAGCCACCUUCACUUCUACUUCCAUGACAUAGUCAGUGGACAAAAGCCCUCGGCCGUUCGAGUGGCCAGCGCAGCCAUGACAAACAAAUCCGAAACUGGUUUCGGUGCUGUGGUGAUGGUUGAUGACCCUUUGACGGUUGCACCCAAGCGCAACUCCAAGCUCGUGGGAAAAGCGCAAGGAAUUUACGCGUCUGCAGCCCAAGAUGAGGUUGGUUUGUUAAUGGUAAUGAACUUUGCUUUCACGGAAGGCAAGUACAACGGUAGCUCCCUUAGUCUUCUAGGGCGAAACACCGUCUUCACGACCGUGAGAGAGAUGCCGAUUGUUGGUGGUAGCGGGCUUUUCCGGUUUGCCCGUGGCUAUGCGCAGGCAAAGACUCACACAUUUGAUAUUAAAACCGGGGAUGCUGUGGUGGAGUACAACGUCUAUGUCUUCCAUUAUUGAUAUAAUCAUCGAUGCCUUCGGUUUUUGUGGCCUAUGUUCCUUUGUUCUCUUCUGGUUUUCUUGGAUAACUUCCAUCCUUCUGUGUCUUUUCUCUUAUACGAUAUGCCUUUGGGCCACUUUAUGUUGAUUGAUAUUUUCAUUGAAAUCCCAUGUCCAAGACAAGAAGAUUCAUGGAGUCAUACAUUAAGCAGUGCUAGAAGUUCUAAGUAUUUCACCUUAUAAUUAAUUAAUGAUUGAAUAAUUAAUGUAUCUUUGGUUUCUUGCGAUCUACCAAAAGGUGAUACGUACUAUGGAUUUUGUUGAGCAUUUUAUUAUUUAUUGAAAAUUAGUAUACAUGUCUAAA